UUCCGGUCUCCCGCCUCCCUUCAUUUUGCACCAGGCAAAUAUGAUCAUGGUGCAAAUCGGCGAAACGAUUCUCCGAAACUGUACCACAAGACGCUGACGCUAUGACGAUUUAGGUGGCCAAGCACCUGGGCCAGCCUUGGGAUCUGGACUCUCUGGUCCAUUUCAAAACCACUCAAACAUAACACGACUCCUUCUUUCCGACGAACGAUAUUGUGGUCCAUAUCCUCCAUGCCACGCAGUCCAGUGCCAUUCGAACCCCCAGAACAGACUCGACGACAUACACUCCCCAUCGAAGACCAACUGAGAGGAGAGGUGGCUCGCCACUACGACUGAAACAUCCCCACAAACCUGCUUCCACAACACCCUACGAACCUCCCUACAUCACCCUGAACAGCAGCCUCCAUCCCAUCGAACCCUACCACCCAGCGCCCGGCGCUCGUCGCCACCAUGGCCUUACCAACUACCACGCCGACCUCUCUCCUCGCCACGCUCGCCUCCUCCACCGCAGUGGCCACUGCAAUGUCCGUCACCAAGAAGGGCGAAUGCGAGCUCCUCGGCCCCUUUGCCCUGCUCGUACAGCUCGCGCUCGGCGGGCUGGCGCUGCUGGCGCUGGUGUUCAAGCGGUGGCGCGAGAGGCCGCAGCGGCCAGUCAAGGUGUGGGCGUUUGAUGUGAGCAAGCAGGUUGUUGGGAGCGUGUUGCUGCAUGCAGCGAAUCUGGUGAUGAGUAUGCUGUCGAGUGGGCGGUUGAGCAUGAAGGUGGAGGAUGUAAUCAUCGAGGCGAGGGAUGAGAGUGGGAGCGCGAGUGGAGAUCCAAAUCCGUGUAGUUUCUACUUUUUGAAUCUACUCAUCGAUACUACCAUUGGAAUCCCAAUUCUCAUCUUCUUCCUCCACCUCCUCACACGCCUCUUCCUCCUCACAUCCCUCGGCGAGCCGCCGCAAUCCAUCGAGUCUGGCAACUACGGCUCACCACCCCGCGCGAAGUGGUGGGCGAAGCAGUCGCUCAUUUACUUCCUCGGACUCCUGAGCAUGAAAUUCAUCGUGCUCCUCAUAUUCAUAUUCCUCCCCUGGAUCUCGCACGUCGGGGACUGGGCUCUGCGGUGGACCGAGGGCAACGAGAAGCUACAGGUCUUCUUCGUCAUGCUCUUCUUCCCAGUCGUGAUGAACGCUACACAGUAUUACAUCAUUGAUACGUUUAUCAAGGGCAGGCUCGAGGGGGUAGAGGGGGGACGAGUCGUCGAGGACCCAGUCGACAGCGAUGACGAGGGUGGUAAUGAAGCGGAUGGACUGCUCGCUGCCGAGGUAGAAGUGGUAAAGAAGAAGAGGAAGACCUCAAAUGAUGUCGCGGAUAGUGGGAGUGGUGGGAGCGGUCGCAGCGAGGCCGUCCAGGCGAAGCUGCUGACUGAGAGCGAGGAAGGGGGUGAGGAUGCAGAUGAGAGGGUCUGGCUUACACAGGAUCAGCGUGAUGAGCGGCGGUGAAGUUUCAUUACGACUGGAUAACACCAGCGCUCCAGCUUCUUAUGUGUAGCCCCUCUCCUGCAAUUCCACUCUUUUGAUUUUUCGCAUGCAUGUUUGUUUUGGGGGUCAGGUUGCUAGAGAUGACAAUGCAUCUUUUUUUUUGGUUCCUUGCAAGGAGUCUGGGGUGGGAUUUAGUGUUGAUUUGGGAGGCUUACGGUGGGAUGGGAGUAAGAUGAGGAUGUAUAUAUCUCCACGCAUGCAUAGCCACAGUUGUCAAGAGCGAUAUACGGAGCGACACGCAAGACAGUCAGAAUACUAGUACUAGAUACCAAAUAUGACAAAAUAUCACAAG